AAAAACAUUUCAGCUUCCGGGAAGCAGAAUGGAAACUGUGUGGGGUUAAAACUUCAAGAAAAAAACAAACGGUUUGAACAUAUCUUUUGUGUGAUUAUGCCCGAUAUACAGCUCUUGAACUUUGCCUGUAAAAAUGAAACGGAGCAAGAAGGAACUGAAACAGUCAAGUUUCAAGCUGAAUGCCCUGCUGUAGCAGACGAUGGAGGAUCUGUGGCCUUUCCUGCAGCCAAAGAACAGAAUGCAUUUAUACGUGAAGGUGGUAAAGUACAUUUAGUCCACUCCACAAGGCGACGUAGUUGUUCUUUAGUAAACACUCCAUCUCCAUGCAUCAACAAAGCUCUUUUUCACAUUCAGGAACUUGAAGUGAAACUUGAAGAUUGGUAUCAGAAGGAUGACUGUAUUGACUUCUCAUUGUCUCCAGGUGAAGUCUGGAAAGAAAUGUCUUUGAGGGUUUUGAUGACAGGUGAUCAUAGCCAGACUACAUCUAGAACAACCGAUAUGUUGUCUACAAAUCUUUAUAUUGAAGGUGUGUCCCUGUCAGCUAAAGAAAAUAAUGAAAACUUGGAUCUCAGGCAGAUCACAAAAAUUGUGCUCAAUGAGAUUACAGAACUGAUAAGCCGACUUGAAGCCGACCGUCAAGAAGCUGAAAAAGCCUUAAACCUUGAGAAACAAAGAAGAGAAGCAUUACUCAAGAAAAUUGAUAAGCUUUCACUCUGGAAACUUCAACAGCUACCUGCUGCUGUGCAAAAAGAGCAUGAAGCAUGUGCACGUGAUAUCAAUGAACUACAGUGGCAUAUCCGUAACAAAAGACGGCAGUUAAAGCAGAUGCAAGACCAAACAGCAAAAGCAGAGUUGCUAAAUGAAAGACUGCUAGAAGAUAUUGAUUUUGUGAAGAAGCACAGCCCUCUAGUGGAAGAAAAGGUGGAACUUGAGCACCAUGCUCUUGAUGAACUAAAAUUAGCACAAGAUCAGGCAUUAACAGUCCUGGUUAAGGCUAAUGAAGAACUGAAGGAAGCACAGUUGCUGUCUGAUGACGCCAGUAAUAAGGCAGCAACAGAAAGGAGAGUUAUGCGUGCAGAACUGGAUGAUGCCGAAAAUAACCUAAAGCAGCUUCAAAAUGAUUUUAACCACUCUGAAACUGUCUGGGAUACUUACUGUAGCAGGAUAACAGAAAAUGAGAAUAAACUAAAACAGACUGAAGAAGUAUAUAUGAAACUGCAGCAAGAAGAAGCUACUUUGAAGUUAGAAAGAAAUAACUUGAUUGAGAAAGUGAUCAGCACAGUACUAGGUCAUGUCAGAUUUGUACUUUUACUUUUAACCUAA